AGAUAGAAUGUGACUAAUAGUAUUUCAUAUUCCGAUCAUAUGUCGUCGGGUCAUAAUGCAAUGGAAGUUUUAUAUCAAAAAUUUUGUCUUAAAUCUCGUUAAAUAGAAUGGGUCAAUAAUAUUCGAAACGUGUAUUUAUAUUAAAUAUUGUUGAAGUUCUAUUCCACGAAGAAAUGAUGGGAUUUAGUGUUGCGAAGUAGAAUCCUCAAUUACAGCGGCACAACGUGAGUUGACAAAGUGUCUCCAAAUACAAAAAAGUUAAAAUUUAUAAUAACAAAACUUAAAGUAAUAGCUUAUAAUUAAAAAAAAGAAAAAAAUGGCAGCAAAUAGAUCAUUAAUUAUGAACGGCUUCAAAGAAGAUUGCGAACAAUUAAUUGCUCGUUUCGAACGUGCAGAUAACAUUAGAUUUGAUACUUUCUGUCAAAUUUGGAAAGCGAUGAAAUUUUCAUUAGUUUUUGCGGGUCGUCCAAAUUUUCUGGAAUUAUUAGAAUUUUGUGAAGAAGCGUUGCAUAUAUGUAAACAAUUCGUUCUUUUACCACCUCGUUUUAAAGAACGUAUUGGAGGAUUGUAUCUUGUGUAUGGAAUAUAUUUCAAAAUGCCAGUAGAUCAAUUUAAAAUUAGAAUUAAACUCGAUGAUUGGAAAAAUAUCCUGGAACUUCAUGCAGAAAUAAAAGAAGGAGAACAUUUAGAUGCUAAUUAUAUAUUAUGUAAAUUAAUUGCUAGUAAUGCAUUUCAUUUUUGUAUUUUCGAUUCAGAGUACGGCAUGGAAAAACCAUAUACAGUGAAGAAUACACAGUAUUUUAAUUCGUAUUCUAUAUUACCAACAUUGAGAAAUUUAAGUGAAAAAAACCAACUGUUGUUAAAAAUUGAUGAACUUAGUAAAGCUUAUGAACAAAAGAAAAAAGAAUCAAAACCAAUAAAUCCAUUAGAUACUAGUUUAAAAUUAUUUAACUCAAAUAUUGCACAGGAAAUUAUUAAUGAUAUUCAAAAAUUUGAAGAACAAAGGAGAAAUAAACAAAGAAGUGUAACUGAUCUUGAAAAACCUUGUUCUUCUACUUCAAAGGAACAAUCUUUGAAAGAACAUAAAAAAUUUCAUUUAAAAGAGACUUUGAAACGCAAAAUAAGAUCAUUGGUUGAUGAUAUUGAACAUGAAAAUGAAUCUGAAGAAGAUGAAGAAGAUGAAGAAGACGAAGAAGACGAAGAAGAUGAAGAAGAUGAAGAAGAAGAUGAAGAAGAUGAAAUAUUAGAAGAGAGUGAUCAAGAUUUUGAGUGA